AUUUUCCGAGCAUGGCCGUCAAUUGCACGACUGCUGCCAUCCUGCUCACCCUCAUCGACUUUUCAGUCUUCACUUUCACGUUGAGCAUUACCAGAACGAUGAGAAUGAACGGUGAGCUCAUGCAAAGGCUGAAAACGCUUUGGCUAUACCGGUACUAAACUUCGUUGCUCUUACCUUUGCCUACCACGAUCAAAUUGAGGCGGAGCGAGACGAGCACUACCUCCAACUAUGGCUGCUUCGAUGACCGACGACAACGAGAGUGUCUCCUGGCCUCUGGAGGAGGUUGCUUUAGGGAAAGGCCUUUCGUUCCUGAAGGCAACAACAAUCUACGUUGACCGAGCGACACACGAGUUUGGCAUUGUGUACUUCGCCUCGAACGCCGCCGCAGUAAUGGAGCAGUUCCCAGAAACCAACGAACCGGUAUACUUCACAGCGAAGGAUGCUCUUGCAGCCUGUUGGCACACCAAGUGCAAGAAGAUCUCGAUCUUGUUUCAGCAUGUCCAGAUUAAUCUUGGAUUCUAUUCUCCAGCAGAAGCUCGAGGUUUCCUUGACGCAUUUGAAGAUGCCACAGCUGCUACACAGAAUAUCUCUUUCUGUACUUACGAGCACCACAGCGGUAUCAAGUUCAGAGAGAAAGACUUUGACAUGGUGAAGGAAAAGAUUGCAGGCCGCAUUGUACAGCCUUGGAUGGAUGCGCAUGCACCUUCAUCGGAAUGGCCGAGCCUCCGCAAGACUGGCGAAUGGUCAGAUUUCACCAUUAUUGCCGGCGACAGGUCUUUUGCGGUGCAUCGCGUUAAGCUGUGCAAGGAGUCAGACUACUUCAAAGCAAUCUGUGGUAAUGGCUUCGCAGAGAGUAAUGAGCUGUCAGUGAAGCUUCCCGAGCAAGAGCGCAUAGUCGAUGUCCUGCUUGACGAGAUGUACGGGACGUACAACUCGACCACUGGAUCAAUCUUCACUGGCUUUGCGCUGCGAUCAGAGAUGGAGAAGGAGCGUGUGCUCAACGAUCUACUCGAUGUGUUCAUCACGGCCGAUAAGUACAGCCUCGAGAAGAUCAAGACGAAGGUCGCAAAAGCCAUUAUCGACCGCAUGCCAUUCGUCCAUGAUGUUCUGGUCAUCGUUGAUCUCGCAAUCUGUAUCUUCGAUGAGCAAUGUCCACAGGUCGACCGAGGUCUUCGCAAAGCAAUAUUGUCGCAACUGCGUGACAGGAUGCCGUUGAUCCUCAAAGAUUCGGCUGCGUGGCAAGAGUAUUCGAGGAGCAAGGAUGUGCUUAUGGCGUUCCAUUCGCAUGUGUUUGACCAGACCAUCCCGGAUGCUGCAGCUCGAUCGGACCACUGUCUCAGCCCACCUGCGACACUGAUGAGCGGCAAGAGAAGGCGCAUAUCAUAAGCCUCAGCACCACACCGUUACAUGAAAGGAGAAUGGCUGAUGGAAAGCUUUAUGUGACUGGCAUCUGUUCUGCAAGGUGGCGGCUGGGUAAAGCCUUGGAAGCUUGGACAAAUCUGAACAACAUAGGCCACAUGUCGGCGUAACGUGCUCGCCAUCCAAGGCUGUCUAGUUGGCCCUCAAAUACGUGAGUACGACUAGGUACCUAUCUUGAAGAGUAAAUAGUACCCCCCAACUUCUGCAGAUUCUCGUUCCACGAUUGGGCGAAUCGAGAAGCACGAACAGUUUCAAUGGCAUGUCAGUCACUCCAC